CCCAGAAAUAGUUAAUUGUAAUAGAUUGUGCACAGUUACUAGGAAAGUAAUAAAAGCGGUGAAUUACAUCACAUCCAAGUUUCGGUUUACUUUCAAACCGACCUUGACCUAUCGGUCCCGGCUUAAAGCUUGAUGAUGCUACGCAAGCUACGCAUGAAUACAAAACAAAUCCAGAUGCAUCAUCACGAAUUAACAAUGGCUUUGAAUCAUCAUCACACACAUUACUCACCAAUGAAAUUCGGUCAGCAAACGAAAUAAAUCGGUCUAAAUAUGUCGCGUUCCACGGGGUUGGCCUGCAUGAUCAUUUUGGACGUUGGAAGAAGCACAGCAGUAUUAACUUCCAAGGAUAAAGAAACGUUUAUACAAAAGUCCAAAAUUCUUUUGUCAUUAUUGGUCCAGACAAAGAUUUUCAGUGCACCCCAUGACCAGGUCGGAGUCGUACUGAUGGGAACAGAAGAAACCAGCAACCAGCUGAACGACGAGUCUGGCGGUUACGAGCAUAUUUGUGAAGCGUUUGAGUUAAAGCCACCCAAUUGGUCGAUAUUGCGCACCUUAGAAAACAAAAUUACAAGGAGCACCAAAGAAGCUAACUGGUUCGAUGCUCUAAUAGUAGGGACAAACUAUCUUCGCUCGGGGGCGUUGGGAAAAAAAAUUUUAAAUUCCAAUAUAAUUCUUAUAUCUCCUCUCCACACGAGGGCCGACGCCGAUCGCGAACAGUUGGAACGGGUGACGGACACCCUGCGGGAGGCGAACUGUAGGUUUCAUGUCAUUUCGAAUCACGUGCAUCAUUCGGCGACCGGUGAUGGGGCAAUUUUUACUUCAUCCGGGACGUUCGAUGAUGAGCAAAGUAAAACUGAAGCACGACGUCACAAUGAAUUGCAGAUAGAGCGCAUUGUACACGACUUAGAGGGUACGUUGGCCGAUUUAAACUGGGCCAAGGAAAGGUUUGCAUUUUUUGAGCCAAAAUCCGUUCGGCCGACACCAUGGAACAGUGUAUUGCUGAUCGGGACAAAGAUAAAGCUUAAUAUUUCGGCAUACCUGCAGAUCAGUGAGCAGAAGGGCGUUGGGCCGUUUAAGGUGGACAACAUCGAUGGAUCGUCAUCGAAGGUCCAGUUGAAGAUAGAAUACUUUUUAAACGAUAAACCUAUUGAUACGAGUACCGCCGAAUUGAUCGUUGGGUACGUGUAUGGCUCCACGGUUGUGCCGUACGAUAGCACGAUCGACAUAGAGUACAAAUCUGGAGAGAGUCGGUUGGAUUGUUUGGGUUUUACCGCGGCCAGCAAUAUUUUCGAGGAGCAUUUGUGCGGGAAGGGAACCUACGUAGUGAUAGCGAAAAAAGGUUGCACUGCAUCGGCACACAAACUGUCUGCACUUGUGACGGCAAUGAUUGAAAUGCAAGUGAUUAUGAUUGCCUCUAAAGUAUACCGAAAGGAUACAAAACCGCGCCUGCACGCCUUAAUACCAUCAUAUAAGAAAAAACAUCCUUGCCUUGUGAUGCUGGAGCUAAUUUUUCAAGAUGAAAUGAGCCUCCUGAAAUUCCCGCCAUUGUCAACUGGAAAACAUAAACCAACACCCGAGCAGUACGACGCUGUCGAUCAUCUGAUCGAUAGUAUGAACCUGAUGGAUGGAAUUGAUAAUGACGAUGGCGGUUCGCGUGAGGCAUUUGCGAUGCAAAAAACUUUCAACCCUACUCAACAACACGUUUAUCGCUCCGUUGCCCACCGGGCUACGCAUCCCAGAGACACAUCCUUACCCUGUAUGGAUGAAGAGCUGAAAGCGUUAAUUAAUGUCCCCAAAAAGGUUGCGCAACGUUCGUUCGCCUCAUUGAACGAAAUGAAACAAUUAUUUGAAUUGAAGGAGAUACAGCCAAAAGCAUCUAAUAAUUGGCUACAACGUAUGGCUAAAAUUAAACUAGGCAAUGAACCGUCCACCAGUGAAACGAUCGACAGUGGGCUUGGGAUGGAGGAAGAUGAUCUUUUGUCCGGUGCUGAUCGGAGAACCCUCGUUGCCGUGGGUACCGUUACACCGGCUGAAGAUUUUGCCCUGCUGCUUCGUCGCGGUGAAAAAUUUGCCACUGUGGCCACGCAGAUGCAAAACGUGGUGCACGAGCUACUGUUUGCUUCAAUGCGUCCACCAGGAGACAAGGUGAUAGCCGCACUGAUGAUGUAUCGUGGUGAGGCACAGAAAUUGGGUCCCUACCGGUACAACGAAUGGAUGGAAGAUUUUAAGAGAACCCUGCUUGCUCGGCAUAAAGAGGACUUUUGGAAUAAUGUUAUAGUAGCCGAAAGACUAGGUUUAAUUAAUACCAGUGAAAGUGACAUGAGCACGGUCAGUGUAGAACAGGCUGAAGACUUUUACCGAGCGUCCGUGCAGACCAGAAAGGCUGCUGAUGAUACUACAGAUAGGGAUGAUAUUGAUGCAGAUUUUCUUUUUGAUGAACUGAAUGAGUAAUAGCGGAAGAAAUAUUGAAAACAACGGAAUUUGAGAAUUCAUAUUAAAUAGAUUCUCUGCACUUUCCUAAUUCCAAAGCGGAUACAAAUAAAAAAAUAGGAUUUUCUGGAAUUCGACCAGUAUUACGAAAUUGCCGUUUGCUGCAAACUAGUGUUUAAAGAACCAUCUGUCGAAACUAACUUUAAGCGAAUACUUUUUUUUGUAUAAGUUAAUUAGGUCAUGAUUGAUCCAAAUAACGAAUGAGAUUUAGUUAAUUUACAAUAAAAAGAUCUACAAACAAACUUUGUAUAUUUAGUAUAUCCACGUAUAAUGUAAAACAAUGCACAUUAAAAGAUCUAUAUUCGUUCGCUAGGGUGGUUUGUCUUGCGUGGCUCUUUCCGCUAUGCGGCAUUCGCAAUAAAAUGUGCUUGAAGUGGGCAACAGAUGUUUCCGAAGCAGUCUAAGUGGAUCGAAUAUUUGCCAUUCGAUAGCUAGUGAUUUUUUUUUUUUUUUUAACGAGACAAGAGGAACCAGAAUCAAUUUGUGCACUUAAAAGUAGUUUGCAGAAGACAAAAAACAGGUAUUCAGCCAAUUUUAUUUGUUAGGUACUAGGUAAAGCAGUAAGCUUGAGAUACUUUAAUUUUAAUAACCAGCUCCGAAGACAAAUAAUUGGUGUAAGUUCAAAUUUGUUAGAUGCAUUGAACUAAGGCAAGGGCAUAAAAAUGCGAUUGAUCAAACAAUCCGAUGUUGCUGUUAUCAUUACAAAGAAUGGAAGGAAGGGUGUUUAUUUUUAUACUCUCAUCAUGAUGCGGUACUUUUCUUCAACGUUCAAGUCAAAGCGUAAUAAUCAAUGGAUAACCCAGGACCUAGUAAAGACGAAAAUAAAACCAACCACAGCUUGUUUGAU